UGAUUUACUUGAAACACCAGCUGAGGCGAGGAAUGGGAGGCGGCAAGAGAGAGUAUAUAUUCAGGACCUGAGCAUCCAGAGCACAUAGGCUGACAGGCUGCCUGCCCACCUCUGCUUCCUCCAGGAUCACAGGAGUUCCAGACCACAGCAAGCCACCAUGAUUUCACUCGGUGAAGCAAUCACCCACUUUGCAGUUGAUCUGUUCCAACAGAUCAGACAAUCAAAGGAGGAAAAUAUCUUCUAUUCCCCUUUCAGUAUCACGUCAGCCUUAGCCAUGACUUCCUUAGGGGCCCAAGGACAAACUGCAUCAGAAAUUGAGAAGGUCCUUCACUUUAAUGGAAUCACAGGGAGCACAAGAGGAGGCGCUACAAACGAUCCCGUUGAAAAGUCAGGAAAUGUUCAUCAUCAAUUUCAAAACCUUCUGACUGAGUUAAAGAAACCCACGGAUGCCUACGAACUAAAGGUCGCCAAUAGGCUCUAUGCAGAAAAGGAGUUUCCAUUUCUUCAGGAAUACAUAGAUAAUGUUAAGAAAUUUUACCUGGCCAGUGCGGAAUCUGCUGAUUUUGUCCAUGCUGCAGAAAAAAGUCGAAAGAUGAUUAAUUCUUGGGUGGAAAGUCAAACUAAUGAAAAAAUCAAGGAAUUGUUUCCAGAAAACUCCAUUGACAGCUCUACCAUUCUGGUUCUGGUGAACGCAGUCUAUUUCAAAGGGAAGUGGCUCCAGGAAUUUAAGAAAGAAAAUACUGUGGAGGAAAAAUUUUGGCUGAACAAGGAUACAAGCAAAUCUGUGCAGAUGAUGAAACAAACCAGUCGUUUCAAUUUCACGGCACUGCAGAACAUGCAAGUCAAGAUUCUGGAAAUUCCAUACAAAGGCAAAGAGCUAAGCAUGGUGGUGCUGCUGCCUGAUGAAGUAGAUGGUCUGCAGAAGCUUGAAGAUCAGCUCACUGCUGAGAAGUUAAUAGAGUGGACGAGCCCACAGAAUAUGAAGGAGGGACUUGUGGAUUUACACCUACCUCGGUUCAAAGUGGAAGAGAGCUAUGACCUCAAGGACACGCUGACAGCCCUGGGGAUGGUGGCCGCCUUCAAUAGCGCAGACUUCUCGGGCAUGACCGGGACAAGAGAUCUGGUGGUGUCGAAAGUCGUCCACAAGUCCUUUGUGGAGGUGAAUGAGGAGGGCACGGAGGCCACAGCUGCUACAGGCAUAAGUAUGACAUAUUCAUCAGGGCCAUAUUAUGACAGUUUCCACUGUAACCACCCUUUCCUGUUCUUCAUCAAGCACAACAAGACCAACACCAUCCUCUUCUAUGGCAGAGUCUCUUCCCCUUAGAUGUGAUUAGCUGGCGGCUACACUUAGGGACAUUCCCAGAGUUGUUCCUGAGCGCUGAUUGCUGGAAGUAGCAGGUGCUCUUUCAUUCAUUCUCCUUUCCAGCCUCAUAGUCACCACUAAGAAUGUAAAGCUUGAAAUACCAUGUCUGUCUGUCUCUCACUUUCUACAAACAUGUGCCAUCCUACUCUAUCUCCCCAUGAUAACUCCUCUUUGGAAAAAAGGUUCACUAUAUUUUAAAAGGUUAUUUCAGCACUCUAUCUUCUACUAAGUUUGAAAUAUGAUAGUCUCUAUUUCAAAAAUUAUAUCUACUAUUCAAACCUAUUCACCUAAACACAUUUAUUUGAAUUUAGGUGGUAUGUGGGACCCUUACAUAUUUAAACUUCUUGAUUUUGUGAAAUGCAUUAUCAAUAAAACAAUGACUUAUUCAUGUCA